CCAGCGGUCCCCUCUCUUUUACCCCCAAAAGUUCCAACCUCAGACCGGAGUGGGGGGAGUGAGGAAAAGCAAAUGAGUGGGCGAUAAUGCAAUCGCACCUCUUACUGGUGGGACCCGCCCCCAUAAACGGCUCCUCCGGCACUGGCUAUGGCUUCGGCUUCUCCUACGCCGUCGAUUCCACUAAUCCCACCGCCUCUACAUGGCCCACCACCCGACCCCGACACCGACGUCGCUGCACACUGGUAGUCUCAUCAUCGGCGUACGAAAUCAACGGCUCACAGGACCACUACGCCGUUCUGGGGCUCUCACGGAAUGCCACUUCCGCUCACGUCAAACGGGCUUAUCGCCUUCUCGCCCGUAAGUACCAUCCUGAUGUGAGCAAGGAUUCGCAAACUGGUGAGGUGUUCAAGAGCAUCUAUCGUGCAUACGAAGUACUAUCUAAUGAAGCAACAAGGACUCAGUAUGACCAAGAACUCAAAUUUCAAGAAGAUACUGGCAGGCCAUAUGGAUGGAAAUGGAAUCACAGCCCAGAAUCUGAAGACAGGGCAAGGAUUUAUAGGUGGGCUGCACUGAGGCGGAAAAUGCAAUAUGAGAGAUAUUGGGAACGCUAUAAUGUCAGUGAGGAGUAUUCCUCUAGUGAUGAAGCAGAAGAGGUGGUUGAAGAAGGAAAUACAGAUGAGAGAGGCCCCUUCACCGAAGUGCUUAGAUCUGCCUUUAUGUCUUUAUUUUUAUUGCAGACUUUUGGAUCCAGAUUGUCUCUCACCUUUAGUAGCAUCAUGGCCUUGUUUGAUAGGAAGUUGGAUGUUGGGUAUAAGAUUGGUUAUGUAAUUGCCUGGAUUUUGGGUGGGAGGGGUGGCGUUUUGCUGACUUUGUGCCUCUCAUUUGCAAGUUGGGUUUGUGGAAAAACCAGCAGCAGUGUAGUUGCUCUGGUGGUGGUAGCGAUGUGGGUAGGCUCCAGUCUUGCAAGGUAUGCACCACUCCCACAGGGUGCUCUUCUUACUCUUCUUUACAUGUCUAUGAAACUACAGGUUGAUUUAAGCUGAAGCUGCGACUGUUAUUUCAUCUUCUUGUAAUAGUUUUUAGCUUCCUUCUUUUCUUUUUUUGUUCUUUAGAAAGUGUUGAUUUAAGCUGAAGCUGCGACUGUUAUUUCAUCUUCUUGUAAUAGUUUUUAGCUUCCUUCUUUUCUUUUUUUGUUCUUUAGAAAGUGUUGUUGUAUAUAUGCUGAUGUUGUAAUACGUAUACUCUCCUGUUGGUAUAUAAAACUCCAGUAUCAACUGGUUUGAUAAAUAGUGCAGAAUUGCAUAUCAGACACUGAAA